UCUACUUUUAUAUAUUCACCGAAGCUUUCUAACCAACCGAACAGAUCAGUAGCACAUCUGCAGGGUAAAAAAGUCUUCGUUUUCUCGCAUAUUCCCUCACUUGUUUUCUCGCUCAAAGUCAAGAUCAGUUAAAAAUGAGCAGAGUGGCUGAUGGUGUAGCAGCGGCAGUGAACCAUUUGUUAGGUUUUCCGGAAACAAUGGAGAAAUUGGUGUUCCAUGCAGGGUCUAAUUAUGAGGCAAAUGAGAACAAGGGAGUUAGUAGCAUUCCUGUGGACAUAUUGGACUCUCCCAAGGAGUACAUUUUCUACAUGGAUGUUCCUGGUCUCUCUAAAUCCGACAUUCAAGUGACUGUCGAGGAUGAGAACACACUGGUGAUCCGAAGCAGUGGGAAGAGGAAGCGCGAAGAUGGUGAAGAGGACGGCUGCAAGUACAUCAGGCUUGAGAGGAAAAUACCGCUAAAGGUGUUAAGAAAGUUUAGGUUGCCUGAAAAUGCCAAUGUGUCAGCCAUCACAGCCAAAUGUGAAAAUGGUGUUUUGACCUUGGUUGUUGAGAAACUUCCUCCACCACCCAAGUCUAACACUGUUGAAGUUACCAUUACUUGAAGAAGAGGAAUAGAUUUAAGAAUUUGUGUAAAAUGGGUUGUUCUUAAUCUAUGUCAUCAAAUACAUCAAGUAGGGGUUUAGGGAUUAGGCUUCUGUAACGCAGUUGUGUAACAGUGUAAGUUUGAAUGGCUAGAGAAAUCAGUGUAGUAAGCAUUGGAGUGUUGAAAGAUUGUUUUGCCAUCAUCUUUAUUGGCAACUUGGACCAAA